UGCAUAAUGAGGCACACUCCUUUACAAAACUUUGACACCCUGCUGAGGAAAAACCACAAACGGAAAGGAGGAAAGGAAGAAAAGACGGGGACGACCUCCAAAGCGCCAGAAGAAGCUGUGAGGAUCCAUGCGUGAUAUCGGCGGCUGGACAUGGACUCAGCUGCUGAUGGUCCUCAUGGGGGGUAUGUUGUUCCUGGAGGUACUGGAAGUGUCCCAGCUUGGAAUAGUUGGGCCUCAAGUGACAAUACUGGAUCAGACUAAGGAGACAAUUUAAUGCCUAAGAGCACUUUUGGACCGGCAAUGAACCGCAGUGCCAGCAACGCCACGGGAGACGCUGGGUCCUCAGAGGGCACCGGCAGUCUGUGGGUGACAUCCUUGCUGGGCUCCACCCUGCUAGUCAUGUGGGUCCUGGGCGUGGCGGGCAACGCAUACACCCUGGUCAUCACGAGGUCGGCCGCGCUGCGCCGCAUGGGCUCCGUGUACGUCUACAUCGGGAACCUGGCCCUCGCCGACCUGCUCUACCUGUCCACCAUCCCUUUCGUGGUGUGUACCUACUUCGCCCACGACUGGCUCUUCGGCGACGUGGGCUGCCGCAUCCUGCUGAGCCUGGACCUCCUCACCAUGCACGCCAGCAUCUUCAUCCUGGUAGCCAUGAGUCUAGAGCGCUACCGUGCCGUGGCCAGGCCCUUCAGCGCCCGCGAUUCUUCUACCCGCAGACGGAAACUGGCGGCGGCGGCCAUCUGGGCCACGGCCUUCAUGCUCACGCUUCCCAUGAUGGUGAUGAUCCGACUUCGGGAGGGCAAGCCAUCUCCGAGUGGUGAGAUCAAGCGGAUGUGCUUCCCGACUUGGACCCUGGAGGCCUUUAAGGCCUAUGUUACCAUCCUCUUCCUGACAAGCGUUCUUGUCCCCGGGUUAGUCAUCGUCGGACUCUACGUGGGCCUCGCCAGGCGCUACUGGGCGGCACAGGCCAGACUGGCGGGAAGCAGCGGCUCAGCCAGAAGACGUGGACUCAAACAUCGCGUCAUCUCCAUGAUCUUCAGCAUCGUGGUGGCCUACUGGGCUUGUUUCUUGCCUUUCUGGGCGUGGCAGCUGGCCCAGCUCUUCUCUGCGGAGUCCCUCAAGGCGCUGUCCUCGUCCACGCUCCAUUACGUCAAUUUCUUCGUCACGUGCUUAACAUACGGCAACAGCUGCAUCAACCCUUUCCUCUACACGCUCCUCACACGGAACUACAAGGACUACCUGGCCCAGAAAGGUCAGCCGGCCGCCUCGAGCAGGACCGAGCCGAUUUCAGCUGUAAGCCCGCCCUCGAGGACGCGUAGUCCAGGUGGAAGUCUCGACUGAACAUCUAAUCUCUGUGUCGCUUCUCUUAAUAACAAACAGAAAAGAAACCUUGACGAAAGCAGGUGCAGGUAUGCUCACUAUUUGGCGUGUUCAAGUUAUUGGAGUAAAGUAGUACGCCUAUAUAUGAGCUCACUAUUUGGCAAGCUGUCGGUCAGUAGCUGGCUUGUAUCUUGGCUUGGGAAAUACUCAAAAAUGGUCCUUUUAUAGAAUAUUUUAAGUCCCUUAAUGACCAUAUGGUGCUAUUUUGUAUGUUUGUGCAAGAUUUAAACUUUUUCCACACAAAGCUCCAUGCUGAAAAAUUCAAUAUUUCAGGUUCCAUUCUUAAUUUUUUUUAAAAACAAUCCAUGAAGACAUGCUCAAAGUUUUUUUUUGUAUUUCAAGAAUAAUAAUUUGCAUGGUCUGUGACAAACACAUUAUGUUUUAUGUUUAUGUUUAUGUUAUGUUUUUAUUUCAUUUGUUUUCCUUUUCUCAAGUAAAUUUUCGUCUCUUCAUAUUAUGUCUUUAUUCUCGCAAUAUUUAGACUUUAUUAUCUAAUCUGUUUGUUUGUUUUUUUUCAUAAUAUUCUAGCUGCCAUUUUUAGUCAUUAAUAUUUCAUUAUUUAUACAAUUGUUUUCUCUUAGUAUGGAUAUUUUCCUAAUAUUUUGCAUUUAUUCUCAUAAAACUACUACACGUUCUUUGCCAUUUUUGCUGCUUUUUGUGGUUUGUUUUUUAAAUUGUAUUUUCCGGAAUGUUCCAAGGGCCAAUAAAAAAAAUGUCUGUAAAUGGCCCCCAAGGCUCCAUUUUGGACACCCGUGUUAUAAGGUGAUAGAACCAUGUGAUUUCUUCAAGCCAAUCAAAAAUAAUAAUAAUAAUAAUAAUAAUAAAAGAAAAUCAAUAAUAAAAUAUUAAUUUAUUUUCUACCGCUUAUAAUAAAUGAUAAUAAAUAUUCUCCAAACCCUCUUCUUAAACCAAAUAAAUUAUAAGUGAGUAUAUUUGUCUUAUAAAUGUAGUUUAAAAAAUAUAUAUUUUAAAAUCUUGCAAUGAACAACAGUAAUUUUGUUUAAAAAAAAUAAUUAAAUGUGGGCUUUCUAAGUAUUCCCAAUUGGCUUCCCGGGAAUGUCCUGACGUCUUGCAACAUUCCUCAUCCUCUUGUACUUUCACGUCCUGCUACUAAUUGUCCCUUGUGUCCAUGUCACACGCGUUUUGCUUUUUAUUUUGGUUGCUUUGUAUCUCUUCCAAAUAGACACUAUGCUACAAAAUGAUGCUUUACAAAUAAUAUAAUCAUA